AUUGAAUUGCAUUGGAUAUCCGAGCCCGAUGUAAUUUGACGAGCGAUUCAUGUUGCUUCAAACUAUCUUAGUAUCUAGAUACGGUAAAGAUGUUAAUGUGAUUAUGAGAACUGAUUUACUUUAGCUUACUGUGUAUGUUAUGUUAUUUAAACAGUGAAAUGAAGAUGUCGUUAAUAAAUCACAUCUUUCGUAGAGGAUUUAGCACCACUACUCCUCUAAAUGAACUUCAACUCCUAAGUAGAGUAAAGGUAGUAGACAACAGCAAAAUAGGAAGGAAUGCCAAGCAGUCUGGACGGCCCGUGCGGAUAAUUCACGUGUACAAUAAAACACACGUGGGUCGUCUUGGUGACAAAGUUCUUUUAACCAUUGAACACGAGAAAAAGAAAGGUUACAUCGUGGGAUGUAAACAGAACCAGGGACCCUUCGUCCCCAAGUUUGACAGUAACAAUGUAGUUCUUGUGGACGAUGAUGGUCAGCCUUUGGGGACCCGAAUCCGGGCCCCGAUUCCUUCCUGUCUGCGUGCUGAUACAGACCCAAACUUUGUGAAGGUCUUGUCUUUAGCCACUACAUUUGUAUGAUUUAUUGCAUGGCUUUGUAAGUGUGCGAACUGAAUAAAUGGAACAUAGUAA